AUGCCCAACCACGAUGACUGUCAACUUGCCACAAACUGUCAAAUACCCACGUGCGGUAUGAACACUCAUUUCUCCUCGGUCUGCUUGAAUGUUUACGGCCUAGAUGGGUAUCGUCACUUUGAUAAGAAGCUCCUCUCUUCUGGUGCAGGGAAUAGCAAGGGUCUGAACGUCAAUAGGCGGGAAUUCCAAUCAGCAGUACAAAGGAACUCUAACCCCACGCUCGCAGUAGGAAGCAACAUGCGAGGUAACGACCGAAUCACAUGUGCACUGCCGACCGUCAUGGGCUACAUACGUUAUGGUACGAAGAAGACGAUGGUACGAAUUCUACUCGACACAGGCAGCCAGAUAUCGCUUUUACGUGAAGGAAUCGUUCCAAAGUCUCACUGCGGUCAGAUGCAAGACUUCAGUCUCACCACAGUUGGAGGUGACACCCUCGCCUGCAAGCUUCGUGUGGUAGAUUGUACGCUAGCGAGUUUAGAUGGUUCGUUCCAAUGUGAUGUUCGUCUUACUGAGAUGAAGAGACCAUGCGGCGACGCCCCCAUCAUCGGUAAUGCUCAAAUCCGACAGUACCUUCACCUUGAUGAUAUCAGUAUCGUUGAAGCUCCAGACAAGACGAUCGACAUUCUGCUAGGCAUCGAGAACGGAGACAUACUAACAGCAGAUGAACGUAUCCUGGGUCCCACAGCCAACGAUCCCGUUGUUGUCAGAUGUCCAUUGGGAUGGUAUGUCCAAGGUGGUCAUAGCUCGAGUGAAGUUCUUUGCAACGCUACCGUACACUUCACUCAGGUGACAGCCAUCAGCGAGAUAGAAGAUUUCCUGGGAAUCGACCGUGUAGGUAUCGAGCCGAGACGUUGUAAGUGUACCAUGGAAGACCAAGAUAAGAUAGCAAACGACUCAAUGCAGCAAAGCGUAACCAGGCUAGAGGAUGGAACCUACCAGAUCAGUCUACCGUGGAGGAAAUCACCUCAGGGUUUACCGAACAAUCACGAUUAUGCUGUGAAACGUUUCUUAAACUUGGAGAAACAGUUCAAGAACAAACCACGUCAAUGGGAAGUCUAUUGCAAGCAGAUGGAGGACCAAGUCAAACGCGGCGUAGCACGGGUUGUAUCGGCAGAUGAAAUGGCCAACGACGCCAAAGCUAGUCGCAAAAUGUGGUUUCUUCCACACUUCGGAGUACUUAAAGACUCACAGACUACACCAGUUCGUGUUGUGUAUGAUGGAAAGGCAACCUACCAAGGACACUCACUCAACGACUACCUCGCUAAAGGAAACAACAUGAACUCAAAUCUAUUCGAGGUUGCACUACGUUUUAGAGAAUAUGAAGUUGGGGUGAUCGCCGACAUUAGCAAGAUGUUCCAAGCCGUGAAAGUCCACCCAGAUGACGCUAGGUUUCACCGAUACAUAUUCCGUGAACGACCAGAGGAUCCGAUCCGAGUUUACGAGUUAACCACAGUUACCUUCGGGGAUAAGCCAUCUCCAGCUGCAGCUAUCAUUGCUCUUCGCCACGUCGCUAAGGAAAACGCACCCAAUGAUCCUGAUGUCCAACGUGUCAUUGCGGACCAGUUCUACGUUGACGAUUUGACUGACUCUGAGCGGACCGUGGAGAAGACAAGACGACUGCAGGAGAAUCUUACCGCUACUCUAGGGAGUGGAGGGUUCAGAAUCCGAAAGUGGCUUUCGAACAAGGGAGAAAUCUGUGACAAAGAGUACUACCCUGCUGAUGGUAACACGACAGUACUGGGAACGAAGUGGAAUUUGACGGACGACACGUUGCAAGCCAAAGAAGUUACGUUCGAUGACUUUAUGCCAACAAAACGGAAUAUUCUGAAGAAAACUGCUUCGUACUACGACAUCUUUGGAAUGUUAUCCGGGAUCCUCGUGCGACCAAAGAUACUGCUUCAGAAACUUUGGACAUUUGAUAACAUCGAUUGGGACACUCCUAUUCACUCAGACAGUGAUAUCCACAUUAUGUUGGAAGCUGUGAAGGAAGACCUAAAGGACGUUAACACUACCAAGAUAGAACGUUGCCUAAUCCCAGAGAAGUUUCGCGGUAAAUCACCAAUGCCCAGUGUUUCACUCCAUGGAGCCAGUGACGCCUCUGAUGACGCCAUGGGGAUGGGAAUGGGAAUAUGGCUGAGAUGGUCCGAAGCAGAAGACGACGAUGCAGAACUGACGUUUCUCUGCGCUCGAGCACGACUAACUCCAUUGAAACAGCUAAGCAUACCUCGUAAGGAGCUCCAAGCCAUUCUACUCUUAUCUCGAUUGAUGACCACAGUGGAGAAUGCACUACGACUGGAGAUUGCCUAUAGGAGGAUAUGGACAGACAGCAUGACGGCUAUCAGCUGGCUAAGGGGACAAUCGAAAUCCUUUCGCUCAUACGUUGCCUGCCGUGUUGGUGAGAUAACUGCAGACUUCGACCCCAACGAUGAUAUCUCAUACGUGCCCACUGACCAGAAUACCAUAGAUCUCGUCUCACGCGGAGUUAACGCCACUGAAAUGCAGAAAGUUAUUGAUGGACCGACAUUCCUGAAAAAACCACCAGCUUAUUGGCCCGAGACUCCCAAGAAUGUUCCAGUAGACAGGGAAGAUACCGAGCUGAAGAAGUUUCACGUCCGGAAUGCCAAGGUUCUUACGCUACAGCUGUCCAAGGCUGAACCCGUUGUUGACCCAAAGAAGUUCUCCAGCUGGUCUCGUCUAGUUAUGGUGACUGCACGUAUACUGUCGCUGAAAGAUUGCCCAAGAGCCAGUGGAUGA